AUGGAGAGCGUCGAGGCGCGAAGCGGUUCUGGGUCGGGAGAGGACGAAGGCGCGUUCGCCUCUCCGGCCCUCAAACCGCUCGAAUCCGGACGCUCGCGAUCGCUUUCCUCCAGUUCGGCGUCCUCUCGCUCGUCCGCGUCUCCGUCGUCUGUUUCGUCGCGCUCCUCUUGUGUUUCACGAGGCUCUUCCCGCGAAACUUCACCAACAGAUGCGCAGGCGCCUGUCCCGGACGUUCACCCGCACGCGAGAGGCGAAAGCCGCCUCGACAAGCCCUUCUCGUUAGAGUUGCCUGACGCGUCUUCGCCAUCGGUAUCGAUUUUCUCUUCCGCUUCCGCGCCGCACAAGGCAACUGGCCGCGGUCGACGGUCUCAAGCGCGCAGCCGGCGAGGCAGCGACGACUUUUGUUCUCCGCUCCUUUCAUCUUUGUCGGGGUCUUCGCACUCGGUUCCCUCUUCGUUCUCUCUGGGCUCUCCUCAGCAGCAGUAUGAAGGCGCGGCCGCCAGGUACCGACUUCUACAGCUCAUCGAAGAGUUCUAUGGAUUCCAGCAGACCCUCGAGUCCCUCAAACAGUUUUAUCUGCUCCGGACGCGGGCGCUGGAGGAGCGCCUGGCUGCGGAAGUCGAGGCGCGGCAGGCUUCCGACCUCCGCGCGGUCUUCGCGUCAGACAGGACUUCGUUUUUGCAGGAACAACUCGCGCGCGUGACGGAGAAACUCCAAGGCGACAUCCAGCGAAGGGACGAGUUGGUCCAGAUCCUGGAGCUUAAUUUGCAGCAUCUCCAGGAGCAGCUGGGUCUGCGCGAGAGGCAGAUCCACGCGCUCGGGCGUGUAGACGCUCAGCAACGCGAACAGAUCGCGCAGCUCUUGCAGCAGGUCGAGCGGGCGGAAAAGGCGAGGCGAAGCGGGGAGGCAGAAACCGGCGAGGCAGCCGAGGCAGGAGGGCGAAACAACUGCCGACCGCGAGGGACAGAAGACCCGAAAAAGGAACCAGAAAACGAGGAAGCAGCACGGGGGGACGGCGAAGCGAAGGCAGACGAGGAAGAAGAGAAGCAAAAGAAGGAAGAGAAGCAAGAGAAGGAAGAGGAGGGCGGGGAGGGAGCGAAGGUCAGACUGCAGGAUAGGAGACCCUCUCGCGAGGACAUGAACUUUGCCUCGGCGCUUUCUGGAGCGCCUUCCUUUGCGUCGGCUCUGUCGUCGCUGGCGCUUCUUCCUGGCUUUGCUUCGUAUCCGUUUCCGGUCAUUUCCAGCAAGGAAGCGUCUUCGCCUUCGUCGCCCACGUGCUCGUCGGGCGGCUCUGGCCCCGCACUCCCGUCUCCGAGUGGCGAGCGAGCAGGAGAGAGGAGCGGCGAGCCGGAUGGCCUCACGUCUCGGCCUGUCUCUCCCCACAGUCGGGACAGGCCCGCAGCGUCGGCCCUUUCGCCGACGUCUUCGGCAGCUGUCUUGGCGCUUCGGGAACGGCAGCUCGAGCGCGUCGCGGGGCAGCUUGACUCGCUCAACAUGCUCUGCAUGAAGCAAGGCGAGGAACUGCAGAAGGCCCUAACCGAUCUGGAGAGAGAACGCCGGCGACGGGAAGCCGCCCAGCGCGAGGCAAACCGCGAAAGAAGACGCAGAGAGGAAGCGGUUGCGCAAAUUCGUCAAAGCGAGAAAUCUCUCCAGUACCGCGCGACCCUGAGCAGCAGCAGUGUCCCGGUUUUGAUUCCGUUGCCGUCUGCCUCGUCGGGUUCUGCCGCCUCGCCUCUCGGGUCUUCGUCAGGUGCGUUGAUAACGCAGCUGCGUCUUCCGCCUCAGGAGUUUUUUGCCGAUUUGAAGGCUGAGGUGGACGAGCUGCUGGCUCUGAUGCGCAUGCAGAAUCUCGCGCUGGUUUCUGGAAAGCGCGGCUCGUUCGCGCCAGGCGACUCGGCGGACGCGCAGUCGGCGCUUGCCACAUCGCCUGCAGAGGACGGGCACGGAAUCGACAGCAGACGAAAUUCGCGCGAGACGUCGCGAGGCGACAGGCUCGGUCGCGAGGCGCAGGGCGCGAUCUGCGCGUCGUGGCGUGCGCCCGCUCGACCCGGCCCACGAUCCGUUUCAGCGGAGGAAGUGGCAGAUGCGGAGCGAAAGCGGGGAGACGGAGGCGAGGAGGAAACGUGGGAGGCCGGCAGCCAAGGUGUUACCUCGGCUGAGCGCUCGCCGUCGCGCGGAACGUCUGCCGAUUUGCAGGACGGCGAGCCGAACGAAGAGGUAGACAAGACAGCUGUGAACAGCAACGCGCAUACGUCGGCUGGCCGAUCGGAGAGGCCGGGCGGGCGCAGUCGCUCGGGCUCCACGCCCUCCGGCCCCGCGAGCAGCGCCUUGUCUCUCGUUCAGCACGCGAGAGACUCCGUCAUGAAGGCCUUUUUCCCGCUUCAGGCUUCUCUCGCUUCGCUGGACUGCGAGCACGAAAACGCGACGCCGCAAGUCCCGAAGCGAGAGAACGCAACGCAUGCGGACUUGCGCGGUCAGCAGCCGCAGGCCCUCUCGCUGCCUUUACAUGGGCACAGUCCGGAACAACGGCCCCGGCGGGGAGACGGGACGGGAGAAGAGAAGAGGGAAGGUUGGAGAGAGAAAAAGAGAGAAGGACGAGAAGACGCAAAGACAGAGGAGGAAAGGGAGGCAACAGCUCUGCGGGCUGCGUCCCGUCGCGAGUGCAUCGAAGCCAGUCUGGGCAGCAGCGUCAGGGCGCGAGGAUCGGCCUGCGAGGCACGCAUGCACACGGCAAAGGCCCGGAAGGAUCUGCCAGUCAUUCUUGAGGACAGCACAAAGAGAGACCAGAAUCUGUUUGGCCCGGAAAGCGCGCAGGCGACGCUCGCGCGACUGAGCGAGCACGACGACUGCGGAGCCUCCGCGUCUUCGGGAGCUCUCGGGGCGUUUCUUCUCUCAGCGGCAGUGGUGACGGAUGGGCAUCCGUGGUGGGCUGCGAGUUCCGCCUCUUUGCCUGCGUCUCGGGUCGCGCUCGCCGAGACGGCGCCUGCUUCUCGCUGCGUGGAUCGGCAGCCAGCGGUGCGGUCGGUCGAUUGGCGAGAGCAGUGCGUGCGUGAGGGACACCUAACAGAGACGCAGAGACAGCAGAGCCAGUGGGGCGAGCUCGAGCCUCUCUGGUUCGUGCGAGGCCGCCGACGGGAAGAUGCGGCGUCGUCCGUUACCUCUUCUGUUUUUCGUUUGGACCGCGAUGGGAUUGAGGCGUGUCCUGCGCCUUGUGCCGAUGCCACGUCUACAGCUUCCACUGCAACAGUCGACUCUGCGUUUGCCUUCUCGGGCGGUGGCGUGUCAGGUGGAGGUACACCCCGGCAGGCGUGGGACUGGAACUGGAGACCUUUCUGGCUCUUUUCGAGCGGAGGAGCUGGUUAUGAACGGGAAGCAUUUGAGGUCCUGGACAACUUCGCUGAGGACAUUCUGGACGGCCUUGCGGUCCCAGAUAUCGAAGAGGGUGCCGAAGAAGCUGGGGACUGA